AUGAUCACUCCAGCUGAAGCAAAUCCUAAUGUCAAUGAGGCUGCGCCCUCUCCAGUAGGAUUCAAAAACGUUCCGUCUGUCGAGUCACCUGUAGAGCUUAAAUUAGAUGGUCAGAUACCCUCUUGGGUCAAUGGUGUCAUGUAUCGAUCAGGAUCGGGCCGAUACAAUGUGCUUUUAGACAAUGGUGAUACAUUCCACAUUGGACAUCCAUUUGACGGUCUUGCCAUGUUACAUCGCUUUGAAAUCAACAGUGAAACGCAGUCAGUAAAGUACAGUUCUCGACACACAUCGCAUGGCGUGGAACGCAGAAUUGGUCAACGAGAUCCUACGCUGCUGACGUUUGGCCCUGAUCCAUGCAAAACUAUCUUUGGCCGUAUUCAAUCCGUUUAUCACCACAUCUCCAAGUUUGGUGCCAACGCCGCUCUUCAAGAAAAUGAUGCUGAAUUCGACAUGGUCAAUGUGACAGUGACACCCAACUUUCCUCUGGGCGAUGCUUUGGAGCAAGAAACGGGUGUCAAACGAGGUGAAGCUCUGGUAGUAAAGAGAGAUGCCAAUACCCUUCAAGUGGUAGAUCCCGAAUCCUUGAAGCCCAUCAAAAUGUUCACCUAUGCCCAUGUCAGCAAGAAGCUACAAGGCCAACUGUGUGCCUCUCACCACCAAUACGACGAAGAAACUGACGAAUACAUCAACUUCAUGGUCAAGCUUGGUCCCUUUCCCACCUUCCAAACCUUCUCCCUGGGUCCGUAUCUACCUUCUCCUCCUGGCGAGAAAGAAGCGAUGCCUGCACCUGAACCUCGACUGCACCAACCCAUCUGGCGUCAUUUGGGUGCUUGGAAAACCAUGGAAGCGCUGAAACCCUCUUAUAUUCACUCCUUUAGCAUGACCAAAAACUACAUCAUCAUCCCCAACUUCCCCUACUACUACUCUUUCGGAGGCCUGUCUGCCAUUUACUACUCUUCUGCUUACCAGACAUUUUAUUGGGAUGAAACAAGACACACGCUAUUCCACGUUAUUGACCGACACACUGGCCAUCAUGUUGCUACCUACGAAGCGGACCCUUGCUUUUCCUUCCAUACUGCCAAUGCCUGGGACGAAGAUGUCGAGUUGCCUGGUGGCCGUAAAGAGCGUGUAAUCUACAUGGACUACUGCAUGUAUGAAAACACGGAUAUCGUGGAUGCGAGCUUCGAAUUGGGCAAGACACCCACUGGAAAAUUGGAUCUGGAUCAGGUGCAGCCUGCUCGCUAUGUAUUUGACAAGAACACGGCUCACAAAGAGGAACAUCAAAUUGCACCAUCUCAGUUUCGACGUUAUCGUCUAGGACAAGUUCCUGUUGCUAAGCCUGGUGCUGAUGCUUGGACACCUUCUUGGUCAAAUGCCUUCUCCAAACUCACCCAAUUCAACAAGCGUCGAGUCGCCUCGUAUACCGUCAUUGGCCAUGAUCUGGAGAUGCCUCGUUUCAAUCCUCGUUACAACAUGAAACCAUAUCGUUUCUGUUGGGGUGUCUGCGAGUCUCGUCAUGCGCCUCCGUAUGCUUCUGGAUCGGUUGUCAAUGGUCUCAUCAAGCUGGACUUGAACAAUGUGUACUUGGGCCCGAAUACUGAUGAAGAAAGCUCUGCUAAAAUCUGGGAUGAACCUGGCUGUUCGUGUGCUGAACCCAUCUUUAUUCCCCAUCCUAAUGGCCAAGACGAAGAUGAAGGCGUCGUCAUGUCGAUUGUCAACACCACACUGGAAGAUGGCAGCGAAUCGUGCUUUUUGCUCAUUUUGGAUGCUUGCUCCUUUAUAGAAAUUGCGAGAACCACCAUUGGUGCUUUCAAUGCAGUGACAUUACACGGUAGUUUUGUGGAUAAACAUGGCAGAGGCAUUGCCGUCAAUUAA